CCAGGUGUUAUAAACGCGGCAUAAAUAUCAGAUGUCGCAAUUUGAUGAUGUACAACUAAUUUCUUAUUGGUUGUUUUAGGGAGAAAUGGGCGGGUCUUUAGUUUGGGCACGCUGGAGGAGUUAGCAAUGUUAACUUAUGGUGAUGGCGUCGGAGGAUGAAGUCAGUCUUCUGGUCAUUGUUGUGGAUGUCAAUCCCAUAUGGUGGGGUCAGCAAGCUAAUCGAGAACCUCAGUUCACCUUGUCCAAGUGUCUGGAUGCAGUCAUGGUGAUGGGAAACUCCCACCUGGUCAUGACUAGGACCAACAAGCUGGCGAUAAUUGCCAGCCACUGUCAGGAAAGUCAUUUUCUGUAUCCUUGUAAGCUCUGGAAAUCUGGAGAUGGUCACGGGGAUGACAAUGCAUCAACAAGUGGGGAUGGCAAGUAUGAGCUAUUGUCAGUUGCCAAUGACUUCAUUGCAGAAGAGAUCAAGAAUCUCAUGUCAAGAACUGAAGUGAAGGGAAACCAGACAGACACACUAUUGGCGGGAUCACUUGCUAAAGCUCUCUGCUAUAUCCAUAGAGUUGCAAAGGAGCUGGAAGCCGGACAAGAAAUGAAGUCAAGGAUAUUGGUCGUUAAAGCAGCAGAAGACUGUGCCUUGCAAUACAUGAACUUCAUGAAUGUGAUCUUCGCUGCUCAGAAGCAGAGUAUCCUAAUAGACGCCUGUGUGUUGGACUCGGACUCAGGUCUCCUCCAGCAGGCCUGUGACAUAACUGGAGGAUUGUACUUGAAGAUACCACAGAAGAUUGCCUUGGCACAAUAUCUUCUGUGGGUAUUCCUGCCAGACUCCGACCAACGCUCCCAACUGGUGCUGCCACCUCCUGUACAUGUGGAUUACAGAGCAGCAUGCUUUUGCCACAGAAACCUCAUUGAGAUUGGUUAUGUCUGCUCAGUGUGUUUGUCAAUAUUCUGCAACUUCAGUCCCAUCUGCACAACGUGCGAGACUGCCUUCAAAAUUCCAUUGCCCCAGGUGGUGAAGUCAAAGAAGAAGAAACUCAAGCCAUCAACGUGACAUGCAAAUGAACACUGUACAUGGACCUUUGUUAUUGGAACGUUUUUUUUAAAAGAUUACCACGGUUUUCUUUUGGUAAGGUAUUACUGUAUUAUCACCCUCCUUGGUAAACCGCAGGUUAUGUCAAGAGGAAAUAUUGGUUUAGGCCAGGGAUGGCCACUAAUACAAGGAGGGCUUGUGUGGGUGCAGGUUUUUGUUUCAGGCAAGCAGUAACACACCUGAUUGAACUAAUCAAAAUAACAAAGGAACAAAAGCCUGCACAACACCACUACAACAGAGUUGGCCACCAUAAUGCUAAUGCUUGAUUCGUGACAUGUUUGAUUUGGAUACAAUGAUACCCGAGUUUCCCACUCAGACAGUAUCAGAAUAAACCAACGGGAAGCUCUACACAAAUAACCUAGGUACAUUUUUACUCUGAGGUUCCGAGUUUCCGUCAUGAAUCCACCAUAUGGCUCUCGGUUUAUGAUCACAAAAAAGAUAAUGGCUCCAAUUUUUUUUUAUUUUAUGUCACAUUUCACCAUUUUUUACAUGCAUGUUUUUGAUACUUUUAAAUACAGAAUUUGUUAAUCAAUAAAUCUGGCCUAAUAUUACUUAAUAUGAAUUCCUAUACAUUUUUGCAUCCACUCAUACCAACAUUCUGAAUUGUUUUUUUUUUUUUUACAAUACCCUCUUACCAUUUGUAAAGUGAAAACUAAUUCCAUAAAGAUUAAAUAAAAUGUUUUUCCUAGUGUCAA